GCUCAAGAUACAGUUAACAACAAACCACUAUACUUCAUCCAAUAUUAUGGGCUUGGCUGUAGAGUGACUAUCAAAAAAGUCUGUCCUUGCUAUUUUUCCUAGCCUUACUCAUUUUCAUCGCUACCAACCCAGAAGAAUAAUCAGUUAUCACUAGAUCGAAACUCUUUAAGUGUGGACUAUGGUCCUACUUGGUACUGCCUCACAUCAAAGGACGGAACCAAGCUUAUCAUUUUCCCUGAAAGAAGACAAGCCUAAUCAUGAGAUAUACUCCAUUCGCAUCGGAUAUAGAAUUACCAUUCUAUACUGCUUUGGCAACCCUGAAGAUCAACCAUGACAAACUUGACGAUGCUGCUCGCACAGUAAUUGGUCUCUAUGAGAUUCGUCCUGUAGACCCCCCCCAUGCCUCUUGUCGAAUGCAAAUUCAUGGUAACGCCCUCACAAGCACCGAGACACCAACUGGAUAUUACCGAGCUGAAGGCACGAUCAAGAAUGUCAAUACAAUGGAAGAGUACACCAAUAUUGAUAAAGCUCAUAUACUUCAACAGUCCGCUAAAAUGUUAUGGGAUGCAAUAUGCGAUGGCAGCAUCUACGCAUGCCCAUCUCUACUUUCUUUCUUCAUCAUAUUAUCGUACGCGGAUCUUAAAAAGUACAAGUUUCACUAUUGGUUUGCAUUUCCUGCUCUGCAUUCGAGUCCUUCGUGGACCCAUCUUAAAGAGACUGAGAGCAGCGUCAUUUCCGGUCGCUUUGAAAUAGGGACCAGACAUACUGCCUGUUUAUCCGAUGCUGAGUUUUCCACGCUCGUGGUGGCAGUUCAGACGUGGAGCUCUGUUGUAGAUGACUGCCAGCGAGGGUUUUUUUUGGCCAGGAGGGUCUCUGAAAGUACACUCGAAAACAGAUCAGGAAUGACCGAGAUAGGGACAAAAUCGUUGAUCUACGAUUGCCCAUGCUGGAGGAUUGCUCCCCUCUCCGCCUAUGAAAGUGGGUUCUUUGAGGGGGCAAGCUUUGAAGACCGUUUCGUCUGCUUUGCAGACCCUUCAAACUACGAUGAUGCACCCGGCUGGAUGCUCAGAAAUCUUCUCGUGCUUGCCAAAAGACGAUGGGGCCUCAACAAGAUCAAAGUGUUAAGAUACCGUGAUGCACAAUAUAGCCGGGGUCAAUAUCGAAGUCUGGUGUUGACAUUAGAGUGGCAGGAUCUCCCAGCACCAAGUACUUUGAGUCCCGAACAUCUAUAUAACGACGUGCCGAAGGUGACUGGAUGGGAGCGCGGCCCCGGUGGUAAAUUGAGCAGUCGGGUUGUCAAUCUCACCGAAUACCUUGAUCCUAAGAGGCUAGCUGACCAGUCGGUUGAUCUCAACCUCAAACUCAUGAAAUGGCGGAUUAGUCCCAAUCUAGACCUCGAGAAAAUUAAGCAUACAAGGUGUCUUCUCCUUGGGGCAGGGACACUGGGAAGCUACGUUGCGAGAAAUCUAAUGGGCUGGGGGGUUUAUCGAAUCACUUUUGUUGAUAAUGGCUCUGUAUCAUUUUCCAAUCCCGUGCGGCAGCCACUCUACAAAUUCACAGAUUGCCUGGACGGAGGGGCCAAGAAGGCAUACCGCGCCUCUCAGGCUUUAUCAGAUAUUUAUCCCGGUGUGGAAUCCACUGGCCAUGCUUUGUCUGUACCAAUGGUCGGACACCCAGUCAUCGAUAUUGAAAAAGGUAAAGAAGACUUCCAGCUACUUCAGAGACUAAUAGAUGAGCACGAUGUCAUAUUUCUUCUAAUGGACACGCGAGAAUCACGCUGGCUGCCAACAGUCAUGGGGAAAGCAGCCGGCAAGAUAGUCAUGAAUGCAGCACUUGGAUUCGACUCUUUUGUAGUCAUGCGACAUGGUGUCAAGACAGACGUGGAUUCUUUGUCAGAACUUGGCUGCUAUUUCUGCAACGAUGUGGUUGCGCCAAUGAAUUCUAUCAGGGACCAGACGCUUGAUCAACAGUGUACCGUGACUCGUCCUGGGGUGGCUGCAAUCGCUUCAGCUCUACUAGUGGAGCUGCUUGUUUCCCUUCUCCAACAUCCUCUGGGUGCUGCAGCUCCUGCUCCGAUCUCGCGAAAUGAUGACACAGGAACUCACCCUCUUGGACUUGUGCCACAUCAGAUCAGAGGAUUCCUUUCGACAUUCGAAAAUGUUCCAGUUGUAGGUAGGAGCUACAAGUGUUGUAGCGCUUGUUCAGACAAUGUUAUUUAUGGCUACAAACGAGGCGGUUGGGAUUUUGUCUUAAAAGCUUUAAAUGAGCCAGGGUAUGUAGAAGAACUGAGCGGUCUGAAGGAGGUGCAAGCGACAGCAGAAGCGUCGGUUGCAGACAUCCAAUGGGACGAUGAUUCGAAUUCAGGGGAGGAGAUAAAUUAAAUCCCAUCCCUAUUGACAAUUGGGCAAGGAGUGCGUGCGGUUGAUUGAACCUUCAAUGCGGCCAGUAAAUGCGACUGAACGGUCUAAUUUCGGAGCAUAAUAUGAUAAUUUGAUGUUGACUUUGCAGCCCUCUUAUUUCCGACCGAAACCAAUAAAAUAUGAUUCUUU